AAGCUUUUCAAGUCGAGCCGUUUCGCCUCGUUGGCUAAACCGUUGUCCAAGUCUCGUGGUGCGCUUUUCCCAACUCAUCAAGUUGUUGAGACGAGAGACGCUGCCUUGUCAAGACAGGAAUGGGGUCUUAAGUAUGCCUUACCUCAGAAGUUGAAGUCCCGUUAUAUCGUCUUGAACGACUUCGACAGUCUCGAGCGUAUUGUGGACUUCGAGGCCGGUGGAGGCGACCACUACAGAAGGCUGAGAUUCCAAGAGCUCGGCAUCGUACCAGAGAGAGACACCAAGGACUCCCAGUUCACGUCAAAGCCAAACCCUCUGUUCCAAGAUUCCAACAUCUCAGCCUCUAAGAAGAUUGAGACCGUGCUGGAGGUGAGACCGGACUGUAAGAAGAAGAAGCUGGACUCGGUCAUCAUCGAACUGGAAGAGUUGAGACCUGAAUUCAAAGAAUACGUGUUGAAGAACCAUCCAAAGGAGCUCAAGGAGAAGGGACUCACUGGAGAUAGAUUCCAAGACGUGGCUGCUGCGUUCCUGAAAGAGCACAGACUGAAGACGGACACCAACAAGAUUGCAAGUUUGAAGAGAAAGGAUGAUUUCAAGUUUGCAGGAACCGGUGGGCUGAGUUAUGCCUUGAAAGGACGUCUUAGAACGACGCCUAACGGUGUUGUUCACCGUGAAGCUGCGCCAGCUAGAUACGUU